CCCAAUAUCACCACAAUUAACAGAGAAAGGGAACGAAGGAAGGAGUCAGUAAGAUCGGGAGAGAACUGCAGUGGAAUAAAGUAGUGAAAGACAAGAAAGCACGUUUCAACAUUAAGGAUUGCUUCAAAGAACGUGCGUAAAGAAUGAGGUUUGCAUAGAUUCUGGCAGUUUUGCUGAGGAGGACGCCAUUUGACUCGUCACCUUUGUUGAAAAGAAACGGGCGAGUUUAAUUCAAUAGGUGGACUGACACCUCCGAGUAUCAUGGGUUCGAAAAGGCAACGUUCCUCUAAGGUGGCAACUUUAUUCCACAUGAGCUGUUUACUUUUCAGCACAUGCCUUUUUCCAUGGACAAUCGCGUUCAACUUAGAUGUAGAAAACCCGUCCAUAUACACAGGACCCGCAGGCAGUUAUUUUGGUUAUUCUGUGGACUUUUAUAGGACACAGUCAACACGAGAUGCAAGUAUAAUAAUUGGAGCACCAAAAGCCAACACCAGCCAGCCAGACAUCAAAGAAGGAGGCUCAGUGUUCUACUGUCCAUGGACUCAUAACCAGUCUGACUGUCACAGCAUAGAGUUUGACCGACAAGGAGAUCUUAAUGUGAAGAUCAAUAAUGUUGAAACUAAAGCGGAGUUCAAAUCCCACCAGUGGUUUGGAGCAACUGUACGUGCACAUGAAGACUCUGUCUUGGCUUGUGCCCCUCUUUACUCCUGGAGAACCAAACAGGACAUCCCCGAGUCCGAUGUCACCGGCUCCUGCUACCUAUCGAUUAAUAACUUCACCAAAUUUGUGGAGUAUGCUCCCUGCCGCACAGAAUUCCAUGGAAUGAAAGGACAAGGAUAUUGUCAAGGUGGAUUCAGUGCUGAUUUCACCAAGGAUGGGAAGGUAGUGAUUGGAGGACCAGGCAGCUAUUUUUGGCAAGGGCAGCUUAUCUCUGCUGUGAAAGAGGAAAUCAUCAAGGCCUACUAUCCAGGGUAUUUCCUCACAUCAGUGGCAGGCCAGAUUCAGACCAAGCAGAAAAAAGAGAUAAACUUUGAUGACAGCUACAUGGGUUACUCUGUUGCAGUAGGAGAAUUUAACGGAGAUGAUGAUGAAGACUUUGUGACAGGAGUCCCCAGAGGUGUGCUUUUGCAUGGCCAGGUGUCCAUUCUUAAUGGCUCUUUGGAGACCAUGAAAACCUUUAUUGGUGAACAGAUGGGCUCCUACUUCGGCUAUGCCGUGGCAGCUACAGACAUAAACAAUGAUGGACUUACAGACUUGUUGGUUGGUGCUCCCAUGUUCAUGGUGCGUGACUCAGAUGGGAGGUUGGAGGAAUUAGGGAGAGUGUAUGUGUAUCUACAAACGGGUCCAUUGGAGCUUGCACCUCACUUACCUCACCUUACUGGCAACCAAAUUUUCAGUCGGUUUGGCAGCUCUAUUACAGCUCUGGGAGAUCUCAACCAGGAUGGCUUUAAUGACAUUGCAAUCAGUAGUCCAUUUGGUGGGAAAGAUGAACAGGGAUUGGUAUUCAUCUAUAACGGUUAUGCAAAGGGACUCAAGGAGAAGCCCUCUCAGGUGAUUUCUGGCCAGUGGUCAUCAGCUGCCUUUCCUGCCAGUUUUGGCUAUACCAUGAAAGGAGGAAAAGAUUUGGAUCACAAUGGCUACCCAGACCUUAUUGUUGGAGCUUUUGGAGCUGACAAAGCAGUUCUUUACAGAUCCCGCCCGAUUGUUAAUACAAGUGCCACCUUAGUUGUGUACCCAACAAUGAUUAAUCCUGAGGAGAAGACCUGCGCCAUAAACAGUGGAAACCGAACCAUACAUGUUUCUUGUGUCAACUUGAGCUUCUGCCUUUCAGCCAAUGGAAAGCACCUUCCAGAAGAUCUAGUGUUUAAUGUAGAGGUUCAGCUGGACCAGAUGAAACAAAAGGGAGCUGUUCGUAGGGCUUUGUUUUUGAACUCUCAUCAGGCCAGUUUGCAGAUGAAGCUAACAGUUCCCACUGACUCCAAGGUCUGCCAUGAGACCAAAAUCUACCUGAGGGAUGAAAAAGAGUUUCGGGAUAAGCUCUCCUCCAUCUUUAUCACCCUCAACUUCAGUCUGGAUGCACAGGCUCCUGCUGACCGACACGGCCUCUGGCCAAUCAUCAACUACCAGACCACUGAGCUAAUUGAACAGAAGGCCCAAAUAUUAUUGGACUGUGGAGAAGACAACAUUUGUGUCCCUGACCUGAAGCUUUCUGUAAAUGGUGACAGGAAAGUUGUGUACAUGGGGGAUGACAAUGCACUAACCCUGACUUUCAAUGCUCGGAAUGAUGGAGGUGGAGCUUAUGAAGCCGAACUCUAUGUUGUACUUCCUUCGGAGGCGGACUACAGUGGAAUUGCCCGCAAUAAUGAGAGUCUGACUCAGCUGACAUGCAGCUAUGAGACAGAGAACCAGACGCGCUAUCUCAUUUGUGACCUGGGAAAUCCCAUGAAGUCUGGGGCUAAUCUGUGGGCAGGUCUACGUUUCACCGUGCCUCGGCUACAAAAUUCACAGAAGACAGUACAGUUUGACCUGCAAAUUCGCAGUAAAAAUGAGAAUAACUCUCAGAGUCAGGUUGUCCCCUACAGACUGGAGGUGGUGGUCAAGGCUGAUGUCAUUUUACAAGGUGUGUCCCUUCCAGAUAAGGUCUUCUUUCCACCUCCAAAAUGGAAGGUGACAAAGAAUGUAGCAAUGGAGCAAGAUAUCGGGCCUGCUGUGGAGCACAUAUAUGAGUUGGUAAAUAAUGGUCCAAGCCGCAUUAGUCACACACAUCUUCAACUGAAAUGUCCCAUGAAGCUGCAUGUCCAGAGGUUUAUGUACCCUUUGGAGAUUAUCCCUGUGGGGCCUAUAAACUGCACAACAUACAAUGUUGUGAACCCGAUGAACAUAAAGCUGCAGCAGUCCACAGAACAGCCACCUUUAUUAACCCACCAACUUGAGAAGCGUGAAACACACAGGGGAGAGCUGGCUGAGCUGACAAACCUGUCCUGUUCCAGUGUUGAGUGCUGGACCCUGCAGUGUAAUGUGGGUGUAUUGGAGAAAGGUACCAGUGCCAUACUCAGAGUGCGUUCACGGGUCUGGGGUGAGACUUUUAUUAUGAAAAAGUAUAAGAAUUUUAUUCUGGAGUGUGUCGCCAGUUAUGUGGUGGAAAAGAUGCCCUAUUCUAUAUUGCCAAAGGAAGUUCCAAGUGGCUCUAGAGUGGUGACCACAUCUGUGGUAUGGAAUAAACCAGACAGUCAGUAUGGUGUGCCUUUGUGGAUCAUCAUUCUGGCAAUACUGGCUGGUCUUUUGUUGCUGGCUCUGCUUAUCUAUGUUCUGUAUAAACUUGGUUUCUUUAAGAGAACUCCCUAUGGCACUGCCAUGGAAAAAGCACAGCUGAAACCCCAGGCAGCAUCUGAAGCUUAAAGCAGACCUGGGACUGUUCAGUAAGGAUGAGAGACCACUGGAUAUCCAUUGCACUGCAAUGCACUGGACAGAAAGACCCAAAUGACUUAAAGCCAAAUGAAUGUUUUAUUAUUUUUUUUUAUGUUCUUUUUGUUGCCUUGUUUUGCUGUGGGUUUGGAUUGCAUUCAUCAGUAUUAGCCUCACACUCACUUGCAAUUUUUAAAGCCUGGUUUUAUGGACUGAAAUCUCAUUGUGAAAGACAACUUUUUGUUUCCCUGCACUCGUCUAUGCAGUUUUCACUGUUUUUUUUUUUUUUUUUUUUUUUUUUUACAUAUUUUGGUGCUAGAAAUGGUGUGCUCACAUUUUUCUCACUACAUUUUGAAAAUAUCAACAGAAACUUCAAGAUCCUCUGUCUUAAAAUAUCAGUUUUAGAACUAUACUACUACUUUUACACACAACCAGGGAUUGUACACAUUUUCUUUUUCCAGAGAAAUAAGAAAAGACUAGCACAGUCUUUGUCACUAAAACUUUACUUUCUGCUGUGUUGCUUUAUUGUUCAGUUUGAAAACAAUCAUCUGUCUGUCAUCUUAGAAGGUAGGUUUGAAAAAUACUAAUGGGUUUCAGAGGAAAGUUUUUUUUUUCCUCUUUCAUCCAAAUCUACAAACUUGGCUUGGUAUCUGUCUCAGGUGAACAAGAACAGCAGUGCUUAGAUCAGGUGUGUCACAAUCAGAUCCGUUGAGGAUUAUAUUCCAAAUGAAACUGUUCCCUCCUGCUGACCUAAUUAACAAGAGUGUUGCCUUAUAAAGUCAUCUGGGACAUGACUGGAUGUACAUCAAGCCUGUGAAACCUCAAAAAAUGCCUUGAAGCAGAGCUGUGCUUUGCCAAUAUAUAGGACAGACUUGUGCCCAAUGGCACACAUAGCAGGAAGUAGCAGUCAGUCAGUGUAGGGCUCACUGUGUCCAGAGAGUCCUUUCUAUCUGUGCAAAGUACAGAAAACUCACUGAAUACCGUUGGAAUGGGGUUGUCUCAAAGUGUGUAAUAGUCAGUGCAGCUGUCAAAUGAUUAGAUUAAUCAAUGUUAAAAGUAUAGAUGUUAAGGGAUAUGGUGAGUAAGCAAAAGACAAUUCCAGCCCAAGGCAGCAGUCUUAGCCAGGGACAGAAUGUGGAAGACACACCUUUUUUGUUUGUUGUAAGUACGUGGAUGUGUGUAUUCAUGUGUCUGGCUUUAUUAAUAUAAGAGGGAGGGGUUUUCCUAGUUGCCCAGUCUUUCGUUGUAUUUCUAUUUAGGCCAUUCUGCGAUUUUAAUAGCAUUAAAAUCAUUUUUUAAAAGCAUUUUUUAAUGCAGAGCCAGUUGGCAAAGUGGUCACUUCUGGACAGAGAUGCUGCAGUUGACUGCAUUAGACACUUAUUAUACACAAGAAGGAAAGAGAAUGGGCAUAGGAAAGUUUUAGGAAAGGAUCUGUAUGUAAAGUGCAAUACUGUUUUCUCCUUUUCAUCUUAUUGUGUUUUUUUUGCCAUUUGUUACUACACCAGUGUUUUCAUACAGACAGCAUCCUGUUGAGUUGAAGUAAUUAUGCAGGAGACUUAAUGACAAAUAUUUUUUAAAUAAUUAAAUAUAUGAAAACAUCCCCUUUUUUUUGUUUUUUAAAAAUUUACAAAAUAGAUUUUAGUUUGAAAUGUCAAGGCUUUGUUUGAUAAUAACCUCAACCACUUACUAUUAGCAUCACAAAAUCAUCAUUUAACAGUUAGUGCUAUUGAGUAGAGAAAAAUGGAAAAUGCUGUGAUCUUUUAUAUUACCGUGACUGCAAAAAAUAAGGGUUUUUAAAUACACAUUUUACACGUUUAGAAAUGUAACAAGCCUUGUUGCAAAUUGCUACUCAAAAAAUAGGGUCAUUUGCUUGUUCUCAAUAUUUUUGCUGUUUCAGAAAUUUAUUUAUACCGAAAUGUAGAUUUUUUUUUUUUUCUUUUUAACUUUUCCUUAUUUAAUUUUUGAUUUCUGCAGAACGAAGCACUGGUAAUAUUUUGUCCCAUCCCAACCUUUUGUCCUACUCACAUCAGUUCUUUUAGUUUUAUUAAGGUGUAAAUAUGAUUCGGCAAGGAGAUUUUUAAACUAAACUCUUAUCUGACAUAAAAUUACGUCACCCCAUAUUGGGGAUAAUUGGAGGGAUGUUAAAGUAAUUAAUUAUUUGUAUGGUAUUUUACAUUUUGCAUUUCAAAUAAAUCUUUCCAUUUUUA